UGUUGGCCGCGUUUCCUGGCGACGCAGUCUGGCCGGCGCCGCUUCUCGGACAAGUUUUGUUCCUUCCCUUCCGGACGCGGGAGCCCCGUGAUCAUGCCGUGGCUUCUCACAGCCACUAAGCUGGUGCCCGCCGCAGCCAGUGCCCGCGGCCUCUCAGGAUGCCCAUCCUGUGCCCUGCGAAGGUACUCCCUCCAGCCCGUUCCAGAGAGGAGGAUCCCAAACCGCUACCUAGGCCAACCCAGCCCCUUUACACAUCCACACCUCCUCAGACCAGGGGAGGUGACACCAGGACUGUCCCAGGUGGAAUAUGCACUUCGCAGACACAAAUUAAUGUCUCUGAUCCACCAGGAAGCACAAGGGCAAAGUGGGAUAGACCAGACAGUGGUUCUGCUGUCCAACCCUACGUACUACAUGAGCAAUGACAUCCCGUAUCCUUUCCACCAAGACAACAACUUCUUAUACCUGUGUGGGUUCCAAGAGCCUGAUAGCAUUCUGGUUCUUCAGAGCCUCCCCGGCAAGCAGUUACCAGCUCACAAGGCCAUGCUUUUCGUGCCUCGGAGAGACCCUAGUCGAGAGCUCUGGGAUGGCCCACGAUCCGGCACUGAUGGAGCCAUAGCUUUGACUGGAGUCGAUGAAGCGUAUACGCUGGAAGAAUUUCGGCAUCUUGUACCAAAGCUGAAAGCGGAGACAAACAUGGUUUGGUAUGACUGGAUGAAGACGUCUCACGCCGAGCUUCACUCUGAGUACAUGCAUAAUCUGACCGACAUCAAAGCCCGGAGCAAGAACAAGGUCCGGGCUGUCAAGCAGCUGAUCCAGCGCCUCCGACUGAUCAAAUCUCCUGCAGAAAUUGAGCGAAUGCAGAUUGCUGGGAAGCUGACGUCACAGGCUUUUGUAGAGACCAUGUUUGCCAGCAAAGCUCCUGUGGAGGAAGGCUUUCUUUAUGCUAAGUUUGAGUUUGAGUGCCGGGCGCGUGGCGCAGACAUCUUGGCCUACCCACCUGUGGUCGCUGGAGGUAAUCGGUCGAACACCUUGCACUAUGUGAAGAACAAUCAGCUCAUCAAGGAUGGGGAAAUGGUGCUGCUUGAUGGAGGCUGUGAGUUUUCUUGCUAUGUGAGUGACAUCACCCGCACCUGGCCUGUCAACGGCAGGUUCACAGCACCUCAGGCAGAACUCUAUGAAGCUGUUCUAGAAAUCCAGAGAGAUUGUCUGACCCUCUGCUCCCCUGGGACAAGCCUGGAGAACAUCUACAGCAUGAUGCUGACCCUGAUGGGGCAGAAGCUCAAGGAGCUGGGGAUCCUGAAGAACAGUAAAGAAAAUGCCUUCAAGGCUGCUCGAAAGUACUGCCCGCAUCACGUUGGCCAUUACCUCGGAAUGGAUGUCCACGACACCCCAGACAUGCCGCGUUCCCUCCCGCUGCAGGCCGGCAUGGUCGUCACUGUGGAGCCAGGCAUUUACAUCCCAGAGGACGACAGAGAAGCCCCAGAGAGGUUUCGUGGCCUGGGCGUACGCAUUGAGGACGAUGUCGUGGUGACUGAGGACUCACCUCUCAUCCUUUCUGCAGAUUGCCCCAAAGAGAUGAAUGACAUCGAACAGAUAUGCAGCCGGGCAUCUUGACCCCCACUGCAGUGCGCGCACCCCGGGUUCUAGGGGGUGCCCGCUGUCACCUGUGCACAUGUGUGUCCAAACGUGUGAGUGUGUGUGCGUUUCUGCACGGCUGCACUUGGGAGCGUGCAGCUCCAGGAGUGUGUGCACUUGUGUGUGUGGUCUUUUUUUUAAGUAGCUAGAAAUUUGAAGAAUUGAAUUUUUGAACUUCGGGUUACAGCAACUUUAGCAGCAUUCAUUCUGUAGACUUAAUGAUCCAGGCAAGUUUACUUUUUAAAUGUAAAGAAAGAUCUUGGUUACAAAUGUCCAUGCAUUCCACGUGACACAUGUAAAGGGGCGGAAGAUUUUCUCCUGUCCACGUCUUUCCCUUUCUGCUCUUUCACUUAGAUCCACCUCCUACCCUGUCCGCAGGGUGCUUACACUUUGAGCCUACACUGACUCCCCCUGUUGGUGACGGGGGGCCCCGACACUGGUCUUCCCGAAUGCCUGCCUUCAAGCGCCAGACCCUGCUUCCGCUGCAGCGCGUGCGCCCUUGGGCGCUGGGGCCCUGCCCCUCUACAUCCAACCUGGCCCAGAUUCCAGCAGUGUCAGACAGAACGGUUUUGAGCCUUUCUUGCUUUUUGGUUGACCGGAGCCUGGGAGGGAUUUAGAUUCUUGACAAGGAAGGAAAUGGAAGAGGAAGAAACUUGUAUAUGUUCACUGCAGGCCCAGACCUCCAUCCCUCCAUCCUCAGCUACAGGCGUUCCUCUUGCAGACACCCUUGCUUGCCUUACGGCUUCGGCAGCACUGACCCUCCUAGAUACCCUGCAGCUGCUCCCUGCCAGGGGCAGAGCCACUCUUACCAGUGGGAGUUAGAGGAAUGGCCGCGGUAUUCAGAGACACCUGUGGCCAUUCCCUGAUUUCCUCUAGUGCUGAUCCGCAAACUGGAGCCCGCCAAGUGCUGGGACACGAGCUAUGAUUCUUUCCUUUCUCUGACUGUAGCACGGAAAGGCCAGUGGUGGAGAGUUGUGUUUCCCUCAGCACCGCUUUGGGCGCCCCUACGCAGCGACGGGGUGUGCGGUGUGAAGGGCUGUGGGACCGCUGCGGGCGGGACUUAGGAGCAGCAGGGAGGAGUGUAGGGCCUCCACCUUGAAGCCUGGAGAGCAGCCCUCGGUGUACAAACCCGCCGAUUGUAGAGCAUGAAUUCAUGCGGUUUAGGAAAGUGAUUUCACCAGGGCAGGGGCCGGGGGGUUACCUGCCGAAGGCUUGCCCAUCUUAUCAGGAAAAACCAAGAUACAGAACGUGAAGCAGACAGGCAGUGACUCCAUCCCGAGCAAGGAGAGUGUCGUCAACUGCAGGGCCCGUGGCGCCCACACACACUGGCAUUGCUGACCCCUAGGCAGCUGCGGGCACGCAGGGCUGGAGUCACUGUCGCUGCCCGCCUGCCCUCCCUUGCUCUCCUUUGCCCUGCGCUAAAAGAAGGGGACUGAAAGCAAACCCCCAACUCCGACUUCUCCCUCUCUGGGCCACUGUGGCCCCAAAACCCUUUUCCUUGGAGUGAGUGUAGUUUCCUUUGUUCCCUUACAGUCCUGAAUAAGGAAUUUCCUUUUCUUCCUAUGAGUCAUUUUUCCAGCUUUCUAGCCACAAGUCUCGGUGACCCUCAAAGCAGCGGCCCGCCAUCCGCCAGCAACGGUCCUGGGCCGGCGCCAGCCAAGUGCGUGCUUGUUGCUUGUGGCGCUCAGAGCGGCUGCUGUGGGUUCUGCAGUCCUGACCCACGCAUGGAAUGUUGUCUGUCCUUGGAGCUCCACGUUCAUCACAGCAGCAGCUAAGCACUUGAAUUCACUAUAAGAAGCAUCACAGACAACUUCAACGGCUCAGAGCAAUGUGUGAGGAGCAGUCUGGUGUAGAGGGUUUGUUGAGUGAAUAACUGCACGCAGUGCUGGACUCUUGCUCUCUGGCAGGCACAGACAGGCCCCACUUUCCCCUCUGUGUCUAAGUCUCAUAACUUCUUCAUAGAUGUCCAGGCUCUCUUGUGACAACCUUCACUUUAAAAAAGCCUCCAAUGUUACACCGGAAUUCUUCUCCCUCAAUCAAAUAGGUGUAGUCAAACCGUUGAUGACAGCAUCUGCGUGAAGGAAGCAUACUUUCAUGUGUUACUACAUGAAUUUUUUCCCCGUGAUCAGAGGAAUAGAAAUCCUGGAGGAAAAACUCUCCUCCUCCUGGGACCCUGAUCUCCAGGUGGGGAAGGCACGUCCCACAGUGACUGGAGGACUGACUGGGCUUUGUUCCCUUUUUUCCAAACAUGCAUGAGUGACACAUUUCUUCAGCUUUCUCUGUAAUAGAAAGAUGCCAAAUAGGAGGCCUGAGAGCCUGCCCCGUCCAGAGUCACGAGUGAAGCUCAGUCCGUUGUGACACAGUAUUGUGACAACUGCCACAAACAAUGCAGAGUUUAAAUUUGAGUGAGACCCUUCUGCCUGCACCCCCUCCAAGCCGGUGUGUGGUAGAGGACAGUGUGACUCAGUGGCAUGUGUGCUGUGUGUUAGAAACAGGCCCAGGAUGGUGGGGCAUAGAGGCCCCUGCUCAGAAGAGAUUUUAUGGUGUUGUUAUUUUAUUUUAUUAUUAUUUUUUAGUAUCCUAAGGUAGGCUCUGUAGCCCAGAGCGUAAACUGAUAGCGCUGAGUCUCAAGUCUGCACAGGUACACUUCAAGUACAGUCCGUAGUGAGAAGGUGAAGGCAGCAUUAAAGCCUAACGUGAGAGCAAAGUCCAUUGUCGUUAAGCACGCAGCCCCCACAGCUCAGGCCUGCGCCUGCGUGUCACUGAGCGGCUUGGGGUGAGCGUCAGAGUCAUUGGGAGCAGGGGUCCCCACUGAUACCGAGGCCUCCUGGGUGUGCUUCUCAAAGAUCUGAGAACUGCAGUCUUUGUUAGCAUUUCUUAACGCUUUAUAUGACAUUUGUGCAAUUAUUUAUGUUCAAAUUUGGACAAAAUGCUGUUACUUUUUAAGAACCUACCCCCAAAAAUCCAUGUCAUUCCCCAAUGAGGGAAAAACAUUUGUUACUGUCAUUUUAAAAAUAAACUACAAAACAAUGUA